AGGCUGAGAAAUUUUUCAUUUUCUUUCUUGUUUGACUGUAUGCGAACAUCAAACUAAGAAUAGCAAAAAUGAAUCUCUCUUCCUACAUAUUAAUACUAACUUUUUCUUUGUUUUCUCAAGGUAUUUUACUUUCAGCAUCCAAGUCCAUAAGAAAUUUAGACGAUGACAUGGUAUUUAAUACAUUCAGGUUGGGGAAAGCCUUUCAGAAGGAAGACACUGCAGAAGAAUCAGUUAUUGCUCCUUCCCUGGAACAAUAUAAAAACGAUGAGAGCAGUUUCAUGAACGAAGAGGAAAACAAAAUUUCAAAGAACACAGGCUCCAAACAUAAUUUCUUAAAUCAUGGUCUGCCACUGAAUCUGGCUAUAAAACCUUAUCUUGCACUAAAAGGAUCUGUAGCUUUUCCAGCUGAAAAUGGAGUUCAGAAUACUGAAUCAACACAAGAAAAGAGAGAAAUUGGGGAUGAAGAAAACUCAGCUAAAUUUCCUAUAGGAAGGAGAGAUUUUGACAUGCUCAGAUGUAUGCUGGGAAGAGUCUACCGACCUUGUUGGCAAGUCUGAUACCUGCUGGUCCACAUCAUCUUUUCAGAAGAAAAUAAAAGCAUUUAAUUGUCAAUGGGGGGAGAAGCCCCUAAUGCUACUAUAACUUGUCCAUGUUAAAUGUCUGUUUUAAAAGAAAGUAGUGUUAAGAUGUAUCAGUAACUGAAAUGAUAUGCUUUUACUGUGCAUUAAACUUUGUGAAAAUUCUGCA